CCAGCCGCCGCACUCUCAUCGCCCUUCCGCCCUGCCUGCCUCCACCUGGCAUGGCGACUGAGCUGCAGGGCAUCUGUGCGGAGCUGCACUCGGACCGCGACAACCUGAGCGCGAUCGCCGAGUGGUGCGCCGCUGCGUACCGCGAGCCCGGCCGGCCGCGGGCCGAAACGGUGGAGCAGACGCAAGCGUACCUGGUGGACGCGCUGUCGACCGUCGGCCAGCACGUGGGCGCGGCGGGCGCGAGCCUGCUCGCGAGCCUGGACGCGCAGCGACUCGAGCUCGAGUCCACCGACGCCACCAUGCGCCUCGUCGAGAGCCGGCUUGCUUACCACCGCGCAAAGCUCGGGCACGACGCCGCCUCGCUCGCGCUCGCCGUGCGACCCCUGACCGCGCGCGCUGGGCCGGCGCUCUCGCCGCUCCCCGAGCCGCCCUCCCGCCACUCCUGCGGCGCCGCUCGCUCCCCGGAUGGGAGGAUCGACCUCGCCGCACUGAGAGGAGUCGGAGAGCUCGGGGAGACAGCUCGAGUGCAGCUGUCCGUGGCGGACGGCUCUCUCGCUUCCGCGGGCUCGGGUGCUGCCACGCCGCGGGUCCUGCUUCAGACGGACGGAGCGCCGCCGCCGCCGCCGCCGCUCGGGGCGCCGCCGCCGCCCGCGACCUGGAAGCCCCCGCCCCCGCCCGGCGCCCCGCCAGGCGCCCCGCCUGGUCCUGAGACUGAAGCCGACCCGGUGCGCGUCAAAUAUUUGCUGCCUCAGCCCAUGGACUGGGCCUCGGAUCCUUUUGCUUCGUGGGAUCAAUACAACGCCACCUUGACCUGGCCGCUCCUCGCACUGAUGGGCGCGACCUACUGGGUCUACCUGCGCCUGACGGGGAAGCUUGGAAAGACGGCACCGAUUAGGUACCUCAUUGGCUUCAUCGUGGUGUCCCUGUUGGGCACCGGGUGCCUCUGGCUUGGGCGGUACACGAAGCUCUCAUCUUUUGGGGUGUCUUACGCCAUCUACGCCAUAUUCAUUGGCAUGUUCCUUGGCAAUGUUGCCGAGCUGUCGCCGUCGCUCAGCGCGGCGGCUGAUAAGUGGCUGCUGCCGGUGGCGAAGGACGGAGAGUUUAUGAUCAAGAUCGCGCUGGUGCUUUACGCGAAGUCCUACGGCGUCAUCUGGUCCAUCGGCCUCCCUGGCAUUAUCGUUGGCUGGGUAGGCUCUCCGCUCGCCGUGAUGGCGGGCUGGUUCAUUGGCACACGGCUGCUGGGGAUGGACAAUCGCGCUCAGGUCAUGCUACUCUCCGUUGGCGCCGCCUGGUGUGGCGCGUCGGGCAUGGCGGCGGUGCAGCCCAUCGUCGGCGCCACCGGCGACGAGCUCACGCUCUGCAUCUCCAUCGUCGUCCUAUUCACGUUAGCCUUCCAGCUCCUACAGCCGUAUUUCGCAAUCUGGGCGGACAUGGAUGACGCUGUCGCCGGCGCGUGGAUUGGCGCGUCGGUUGACCAGACCGGCAACGUCCUCGUCUCGGCUGCGAUCGUGAGCGACGAGGCAACCGAGGUGGGCGGCGUGGUGAAGAUGAUCCUGAACGCCGGCCUCGGCUUCAUCUGCCUCGGCAUCGCAAUCUUUUGGUCGCUGGAGGACGCCAAGCGCGCGAGCCGCCAGUCCGCGACGCCGGCCCGCGCCGGCCUAGGCAUGCUAUGGCAAAAAUUUCCCAAAUUCGUCUUGGGGUUCCUGCUGCUGUCGCUGAUCGUGACGCUGCUGGAAAGCCCUCUCGCGGGCACCGCCGCUGGGGUGGCCAUACCGCGCGCCUGCUCGAGCCUGAGCACGUGGUGGAUGUGCAUCGCCUUCAUCAACAUCGGCAUCACCACCUCCUGCAGCAAGCUGUUCAAGGGGGUCACCAGCGGCGGCGGGGCCAUCGUGAAGCUCUACCUGCUCGCCAACACGGUGGAUAUUGCGCUCGGUCUUGGCCUCGCCUACGUGUGCUUUGGCGGCAACAAGGGGGCGGCGUCGGAUCCGAGCGCCUCCGCCCGAGGCGGCUUCUCGUACGUGGCUGCAGAGGUGAAGCAAAUGUAG